GUAGUGAAGGGAUAAAUUAAAUAUUGUUUCAAGUAUAAAGGACAUGUUAAUAUCAAAUGUUUAUAUCAGGAAGUUAAGAUGUCGGUUGUUAAGUGGUUUUAAAAAGCAACUGUUCAACUAUGUUCAUAAGGAGUAAUUAAUAAAUGAUGUAUAUAACAUCCGUUUCAUCAUUUAAUCAAAUGAAGAGAUGUUUAGAGUAUACGUUUAACUGACUUGAUGAUUUAAGUGAAAAUUUAAAAGAAAAAAUAGACAAUACAAAAUGGUAGGAACUGUAUCAUUCUUCGUUCUUUUGUCAGUGUCAUGUUGUAAAGGUACGCUCUACAUAUCUAGUGGAACCUCUGACUGGCUAGGUUACAAUAAUAGUUGUAUUCCAGCCACACCAAAAGUAAAAGUUGGUACUGACAUGAAUUAUUACCUUGAUGAAAGUCUUGAUGUAGAUUUGCCGUCCAAUGACAAAGUAUGGGUCGGUUAUUACAAGGUUGUUAGAGUAUUUGAGUAUAUAGGAUGUGUUUCGAUGAAAAGCAUUACCAGCAACGAACAACAUCCCUUUGUUGAAAUAAACGGAGAUCCUGGACAUUGUUUUCCGGGAUGUGAUGAUCACACUGUAGUUGGCGUUACAAAAACAAAGUGUUACUGCCUGGGUUCAGACAUAUCGUUAGCAAAACCUACACAGACUGGAUGUACUCACGAAUGUAACCACCCUAUUGUUGCAUGUGGUUAUGAUAGUACGGUUAUGAAUUUUGCUCUCCUAUCAAUUUACAAAAUGAACCCACAUGGUAAGUUCCUUCGAUAUAUCAAGGGCAUUACUAAAUAUUAUUCCAUGUCACAGAGAUGUAUCAUAGAAAUGUUUAGUUAUAUAAUUUACAGAUAAGUAUGAUCCAGUUUAACUGAACCAUCAUAAAAGUUUUCUAAAGGCUCUCUACCUAAGUAUUCAGUGUUUAACAGGUGGUCUUUGGUCGCAAUAUAAGAAUUCCUCUAUUUCUGUACCUGUUUAUUAUGCAUAUCCACAUUCAACUACGAAAU